GGCUGUUGAUAAACGGACUGGAAGGGAGAUGGAUGCGAAUAUCUGAGGUGGCAAGCCGCUUGGUCGGCCACGUGGCACACGUCUUGGUCGGCCACGUGGCACACGUCUUGGUCGGCCACGUGGCACACUUCUUGGUCGGCCACGUGGCACACUGUUUGGUUGGCCGCGUGGCACACUGCUUGGUUGCCGACGUGGCACUCUGCUUGGUUGCCCACGUGGCCCACGUGGCAUGCCGGGGUGGGGUGGUCGCACAUCGGUGGGAGCAAUAGAUAGAUGUCGCCGAAAGAUUCCGAACUCGGGACCCAUCUAGUUUGCAAAAAACUCUUUGCUGUCGGCGCGAUUAGACAUGGCGGGGGGGGGCAAUUACGGGUCAGUUCCCCCAGCAGUUGCAGCAGCUGCCACGUGGCGCCUUGAGGCGCUGCCACGGCGGAUCGUUCUCGGGGCUGUCGGGACCUUCGCACUGCUGGGCACGAGUGUGUUGAAUAAAAACCGAGUCGUCAACAAAAAAACUUUGCUGGACCUCAUUUACAAUCGUCCCGCAGGAAAACCAUUGCUGACGUGUAGCAAUCACAUGUCCACGCUGGAUGACCCGUUGAUGUGGGGGCUGAAAGGUGUGGCAUUUUGUUCCCCGGAGAAGAUGAGAUGGACUCAGGCGGCAGACGACAUCUGCUUCACGAACCCCCUCUAUUCUUAUUUCUUCCGACUGGGAAAGUGCAUUCCCAUUCGUCGUGGGGCCGGAAUCCUCCAGCCGGGGAUGCAGGAAACACUCGAGAAGCUCGAUGUUGGUGAUUGGGUUCACGUCUUCCCUGAAGGAAAGGUGAAGCAAAAUGAUGACCUGGUAUUGCCUAGGCUCAAAUGGGGAAUCGGCCGGUUGAUCUCUCAGGCGGAUACUGCACCGAUUGUUCUACCAAUCGCACAUAGUGGAUUUGAAAAGGUUUUAACCCCUCUGAUGAGCCGGUUGAGUGGCAACGGCGAAAAAGCUUUUAGGGGAGCCACACCCCUCCUGCGGCACGGCGCGCACAGGGGGGGGGGGGUUGCGAGGACACGUGUGACUGUGUCGCAUGACGUGGAAGAUUUCGCGCGGGUGCAAUCACCACCAGGCACACCACGUGGCCAAGCAGUUCCGGAGAAGGGAGGGGCCGCGAAGGUGGCGGUGCAAGGAAGUGGCCAAGAUGCACAUCGACAAGACCCUAUCGCCUCGCAGGGCGGUGCCGUGGCGGGAUCAUCUAGACCGACGGCGGUCGCAGCAGCCGUGGAGAGCCGUGGGGAAGGCGACGACGACGAGCCUUUGAUGAAUAGGCAACGGCGGGGGAAUGCACGGGAUGGGAUUGAAGCUGCAACGAAGUUGUGGGUGGAUGACAUGAGGUUCUGGAACGAGAUGGAGGGCAAUGGACUGUUCAAGGUCAUCCAAGAAGCGCGACUUCAUUUGCUGGCCAUCGCCAGGGAGUCGCCACCCCCGUGAUCCAUCGAAGUAUAGCCCUCCCUCACUCAAGUAUCCCGCAGCACAAGAUCGAAGACGAAUCACAGCUGAAGGCGGCGAAAGACAGGGCGACGAAAGUGCAGAGCAUCGCCUUGCGCGUCAUCCACGGAUGGAUCUUCAAGUCCUCGAGUCGCUUACGGGGCCACCACUCCGCAUACGGGUACGACCUCAACCACGCUGCGACGGACAUGGCACGUGUCAUGUGGCUUGGAGAGGACUGGUGCACGUGUGUGAGCCCCGCUAUCUGCCACAUCACACUGGAGAUGGACAUGAAGCUCCCCGUUUGGUUCAUCGGCGCGCACAUCGAGGACAGACACGAGGAGGACGAGUUGGCAUGCUACCAAGGGGCGACCAUGCAGCGCCUGGUGAGCGCCUUCACUACCGCCGUCAGUCUGGUGGGAUCACGUUCGACCAUGACGUCAUUCUUCCGUCGCCGAUGGCCGCAAAAAAGCUGGAAUGGUUGGGCACUGGCCCCCUGGAGGAUGACGACAAAAAAGUGCGUGACGACAAGGAUGGGGCGAGGUAGAGAAGCACAGUCGGCGUCGCGUACAGGACGGGUCACGUCGCGUCGUCGGGUGUGUGGGUGGCCCUGUUUCAUGAAUUGGAAAUGAAAAUGCCCAAGCCAA